CCCUGGGGGUGCACACCGGGCAUCUCAUUCUCCCCCCCUCCCCUAUUGCAGCUCAGGCUGGGGGUACGGCUGGAGAUUGAGAAAGGGGGGGGAAGGGGCUUCCCUACUGAAAGGUCCAGAAAGCCAGUCUCUGAGGUGGAAAUAGGGGUGUGUUGCGAGGGAGAGGGGGGAGACUCGUGCGCCCCCGGGAGCGCGCGCCAGACUCCGGGCGGGGCUCUCUGUCUCUCUGUCUGUCUGUCUCUCUCUCUCUCCCUCUCUCUUUCGCGGGGUUUCCUCCCCCGUCAGCCACCCGGGCCCCUUUUUUGCCCCUCGGACCAGCAGCUCCCUCCCCCGGGCCUGCCCUCCGCUCCCCUCCCCUGCGCGUCGGGGGGCGGGGGGCGCGGAGAGGGCGGGGCCAGGCGGGAUUUGAAAGUGCUGGGGCGGCCGGGGAGCCCACAGCUGUUCCCGCCGCCACCCACAGGCUCCGGGGCGCCGCGUGGUGGGGGGCCCGCCCGCAGACCCGCAGACCCGCACCCCGAUCCUCUCCCCGCUUUCUUUCCCGAGGCCGCAGCACCGGGACCCCCAGCGCCGCCUCCCCACACACACACUCGGGGUGCACCCCCUUUGCCCCCGGCCUGAGCGGUACAACUUCCCGGAGGCCCCCCACGAGCCCCCCGCGGGCGGCCGCUAUUGUCUGCGGGGCGCGGGCGCGAUGCCGGCGGCGGCGGCGGCGGCGGCGGGGGACGGGCUGCAGGGGGACCCCGCGGAGGAGGCGGCCCGGGCAGCGGGCGACGCAACUUUCCUGCCGGCCUGGGUGUGCGGGGUCCCCCGCGAGCGGCUGCGCGACUUCCAGCACCACAAGCGCGUGGGCAACUACCUGGUGGGCAGCAGGAAGCUGGGCGAGGGCUCCUUCGCCAAGGUGCGCGAGGGGCUGCACGUGCUCACCGGCGAGAAGGUGAGUCCCCCCCGGAACCCCCACACCUGCCUUGCUGCUUGGUAUUUUUUGAGGGGGGCAAUGGGGGCACUAGCCGGCGGCUGCGGAAGCCACCUGCAUUGUGAGCUCCAGUUCCCAUCACCUCUUGUCACCUCCCCUGCGUCCCCGGAGCAACUCUGGGGCAAGGCGUGCCUGUCUGCUUCUCAUCUGCAGGAUAAGAAGCCCAAAGAGCAGGAAAAAAGAGGGGAUCUCCUCCACCGGCCAUUGUCUAAGAAGCUGGACAAGAGUUUGCCCGCCCACAAGCAGCCGGCCGCCACCUCUCUCCUCACACAGCUGCAGAACACCAAGGCUCUGCUCAGGGAACGCAGGGCGCCCCGGUCCGGCCUCCCUGACAAAGAUCCCUUUGGCUGCCGUAACCUUUUCCGCAAAACCUCCGACUCCAGCUGUGUGGCCUCAUCUUCCAUGGAGUUCAUCCCUGCCCUGCCCCCCAGGACCCCCAGGAUUACCAAGAAACCAGAGACCCUUCCUCAGGACUCGGGGAGCACUGCUGGAGCCCCCCCCAAAGACGAGCCCCCGCUGCUGGACAUGGUGCGCUCCUUCGAGUCUGCGGACCACACGGACCUGCUGUCAUCACCAAUCCAUCACUACCGUAUGCUCGGCUCCCCGGGCGGCCUGGCCCCCCGACACCCCAGUGGCGAGCGGACACUGUCCGUGGGCCUGCUGCCCGCCAGCCCCCCACCGCCGCUGCAGACCUCCUUGCACCCCACGUUGGCUUCCUUUGCUCACGAUGAGGCUAAAAGCAGCGGCCUCCCCAGAGAGGAGGGCCUGGGGUCCCCACCCCCGGGCCCCUCGCAGCCCCUGGGCAGCCCCAGCUGCGUGAAGAGCCGAGGCAGGUUCCCCAUGAUGGGCAUCGGCCAGAUGCUAAGGAAACGGCACCAGGGCCUCCUGUCCUGUCCUGAUGCCCCCCCCCUGCCGACCCCCACCCCUAGCACCCUCCCCUUGGACCUCAAGGGCCAGUGCUAACCUGCCCCAAGGCCAGAUUCUGGAAGCUUCUACCAGGAGCCAGGGACUGGAGCUCUGAUAUCUGCCUGGGGUGGGGACGCCCAAGGAGCCCUCCCUCCUCUUCUUGGCCUCAUGCAAUAUCCUGGUUGCAGUGCGCAGGCCCAGAGCCUAUGUAGCCCCCUUCCCCCAUCCCCUCAACUUUCCAAAAGGUUCUACAAGGGUACAGCCAUCUCCCACCAGCCACCUUCUCCCUCCCAUUGGCUCAGCUCCCACAGCCACCUCCUCCACCUGUCCCCCUCCCCUCCUCUUCUUAAUGCUACCAGGGUUAGUUAUCACUGGGGCAGGGUGCCGUCACUAUGAACCCACCACUCCCUGUGACCAUUUUUUCCCUCUUUUUCCUUCUGUCUAUUUUAUUUUAACAGGGAAAUUGGAAGGGAAGUGGAGGUGGGGGAGAGAGACCUACAGACCUGCUUUCUCUCAUACAGAUGGGGACUGGGGGCUCAAACCCAGGUCUUUGCACGUGGUAAAGUGUGCAUUCAACCAGGUGUGUCAGUGCCUGGCCCCUCCUCCUCAUUCUCCUUGUCCUUCUUUCCUUCCUUCUCUUUCUCCCUUUCUUCCUCCUCCUUCCUCUUUCUUCCUUCCUUCCUUCCCCUCCCUCCUCCUCCUUUGGCUGAAACUUGCUGAAUGAUUCGACCAUCUCCAAAGAUGAGUGUCCCUUGCUGCAAACACCUGUAAGUCCAAGUGACAUCAGGAAAAAAUCCUGGAUGGAGGUGAGCAGUGAUUCUGCCACAUGUCCAUGGGAGGAGUGAAAGUGAACGUUUGACUUCUCAGUGGCCCACAAGGAGGAGGGUCCCCAGUUUUGGUGGGGCUCAGUGCUCUCCCUUCACUGUAGCACAGCCCGGAAUCUUCUAGAAGAUCUAGAAAAGAGUUCCCACAGCUUGACCCGUGUCUCCUGAGUCUCAUCGUCUGUCUUCACACCUUGAGCCAAGGACCAACCAAAGAUGCAUCUCCAGUUUCCUGUCCACGUCCCUCCCUGAGUGGAGCUCCCCUCCCCCCACCUUGUCAAGCUGGGUCUGGGUGAAGCCUACCAUGGGUUGGGGGGGGUGACUGUCUCCAUGUGGGGUUCAGCCCCCAGGACAUGCGUCAGCAACAGUGGAAACACAAGAAGACUGAGCACCAGCUUGGUUGCACUUAACUCGGGGGACAGUGCUUGACACAGAUUACACAGUGGCCUGGAACCUCCAGGCCAAGGUCUCCACUGAGGUCACCCCAAGGCUUGUCCAUGGAACCAAAGGUUCUCCAAUGGACCAGCCCUGGAGAAUCGCAGGGCCUGCUUUUAUCCCCACUGGCAAGACGCCUCGGCCAUUUUGCCUCCUCCUUGCCACGUCUUUGAGCCAAGAGACAGCGUGUGCUUGGCUAGCCGGCCCCAGCAUCCUCUGGGGUGUCCUUGGCUAACCUUGACGCAGCCCCAGCUGGCCUUGACAACAUCUGGAGCUACUGUCACACACAGGCACCAAUGGGAAAAGAUCAAAGCUCUGGCUAUUGGCUAUGAGUGUCAUUCUUUCCUCUGGCUGGUUAUAGGACUUUCCACAGACACACAGCUUCUGAAGCAGAAAGGAGAAGAGAAGAAUCUGAAUCAAAAAGGGGUGGGGGCAGAGGGAAUCCUCUUUCCAUGGGACCUGAGGCACUUGGUUCAUGAUUGGUGGUAAAGAGACCUUUCUGGAAGAUGGACCCCAUCUGUCUGAGGGGCUAUACCCACCCCACACUCCCGCCCAGCCUUGGGAAUUUCCUUUGAGCCUUCCUCAUGGCGGUGGAGUUUUUCUCAUUCCUCAAACUCUUCCUCAAACAGCUUCAGACCCUCUGCCCUUGAACUGGCCAACUACCCUUGGCAAUUUGAACUCAGGUGUAUUGGAACCCCAUGACAGUUGAGGGCGGGAAGGGCCGUGUGGAAGGGGGUGGUGGUGGUGGUGAGAGUGAACUGUAGUUGUGUGUGUAUGUGUGUGUGUGUGAGGGCCCCGGACAAGUCUAUGAACUCGACGUGGCCAGAGAGACACGCGAUCCUGCAUUAUAUUUGUACAGCAAACUCAACAAUCCCCCCUCCCCCAGUAUGUACGAAGUGUGUUACCCCCUGCCCAUCUGUCCCCCCACUUCUCUGAGCCUGUGGGGAGCCCAGGAGGAAGGAGUCACCUUCCCUUGCGCCACCUGGUGUCGAGAAAGGCCUGUAUUUAUGUUACUGUUGUCGCUACAUCUAUGUACUUUUCUAAUGACUGUGAAAUACACACUUCCCAAAUGA